AUGAGUCAGAAGGAUCUUAAUUCUAGACCGCGGUGUUGGAUUGAGCUACUGGCCGAUUAUGAUAUCUCUAUCCUCUACCACUCGGGCAAGGUGGAUAUAGUAGCGGAUGCCUUGAGCCUGAAGACGGGGAGUAUGGGUAGUUUAGCUUAUUUGUCUGCUGCAGAGCGACCCCUAGCCUUGGACAUGCAGUAUUUGGCUAAUAGGAUGGUCAGGUUGAAAAUCUCAGAUUUUAGACCAAUUUUGGCUUUUGUGGGAGCUCGAUCAUCUCUACUGGAUCAGAUUCGAGGCUGGGCCUUUCAGAGAGAGUUGGGCACCCGGGUUGAUCUUAGUAUGGAAUUUCAUCCACAAACUGACGGUCAAUCAGAGUGUACUAUUCAGGUUCUGGAGGAUAUGCUGCGAGCUUCUGAUAGGGUGAGGACAGCUCAGAGUAGGCACCAGAGUUAUGCUGAUCACAGGCGUCGGCCUUUGCGCUUCGAGGUGGGAGAUCGGGUGUUCUUACGGGUGUCUCCCUUGAAGGGCGUGAUAAGAUUUGGCAGGCAGGGAAAGCUUAGCCCCAAGUAUAUCAGGCCCUUUGAAAUUCUGAGGAAAGUUGGCGAAGUUGCUUAUGAGUUGGCUUUGCCACCAGCAUUUUUAGCUAUACACCCUAUUUUUCAUAUCUCUAUGCUGCACCGGUACAUUCCAGAUGAGUCUCACGAACCGAUUGCUAUUCUAGCCAGAGAUGUUCGCCAUCUUCGUUCUAAGUCCAUCCCUGUGAUUAAGGUCCAGUGGUGCCAUCAUCCGAUUAAGGAGGAUACAUGGGAGACCAAGUAG